AAAAACUGGAAUUUUCCAAAGGCACACUCAAUGAGGCACAUAUUUUCUGACAUUAGGGCAAAAGGAGCUGCACAAAACUUUAGUAUGUGGCCAAAUGAGAAGCAUCUUGGGCCAAUCAAGAGGGCCUAUAAACUGCAAACAAAUGGCAAAGAUAUUGCAAACCAGGUACAUUUGACCACACUUCACAUUAAUUGA